GAAGAGAAGGUUAAGAGCGCCUUUUCGAGUAGUUUGGGCCCAAGGCCUCGCCGUAGCAGCGGUUGCCAUGGCGACGCGGCCUAGUCCUGAGAAGCGGCGCUAGGAGCCUAAUCGAGCCGAGAGAAAAAAGAUAAAGAGAGGCAAAGAGAGGAAGCUGGACAUGUCUUUCCGCGACCUCCGGAAUUUUACUGAGAUGAUGAGGGCCCUGGGAUACCCCCGGCUCAUUUCGAUGGAGAACUUUCGCACCCCGAACUUCAUGCUGGUUUCGGAGAUACUCCUUUGGCUGGUGAAAAGAUAUGAGCCUCAGACCGAUAUCCCUUCAGAUGUUGAGACAGAGCAAGACCGAGUUUUUUUCAUUAAGGCAGUUGCUCAGUUUAUGGCGACAAAGGCUCACAUCAAGCUCAACACUAAGAAGCUGUACCAAGCAGAUGGCUAUUCGGUGAAGGAGCUGUUAAAGAUCACGUCUGUGCUUUACAAUGCCAUGAAGUCCAAAGGGAUGGAGGCCACAACUGUGGAUGAAGAGGACGCAGGCAAAUUCAAAUUUGACCUUGGCUCAAAAAUUGGAGAUUUGAAGACUGCCAGGCAGCUCGCUUCAGAAAUCACUUCGAAAGGAGCAUCUCUGUAUGAUUUACUGGGCAAAGAAGUGGAAUUAAGGGAAAUGAGAACAGAAGCAAUUGCCAGACCUCUGGAGAUAAAUGAGACUGAAAGGGUGAUGAGAGUUGCUAUCAAAGACAUUCUGGAGCAGGUCGAGAAAACCAAAGACAUGUUGAAUAAUGUGGUGUCAGAUGAAGCCAGUUUGGAGGCAAAGAUUGAAAAGAGAAAAAUGGAGUUGGAAAGAAACCACAAGCGGCUCCAAACUCUACAGAGUGUUCGCCCAGCCUUUAUGGACGAGUUUGAAAAAAUUGAGGAGGAACUACAGAAACAAUAUAGUUCUUACUUGGAGAAAUUUCGCAACCUUACUUAUCUGGAGCAGCAACUAGAUGACCAACAUCGAAUGGAGCAGGAAAGAUUUGAGGAAGCAGAGAAUACCUUGCGCCUGAUGCAGAAUAAGCUGAAGGAGGAAGAGAAACAUUUGCUAAAGAGUGGUAACGAUGACUCAGACAUAGAUAUCCGUGAGGUGGAAGGAUCUGACAGCGAGAUGGAAGACAGGCAAUUAAUGAAGCAGCAUAUUGCCAUGGAGAUGCUGAUGCAAGGGAGACCAACCAAGCGGAUUGUAGGAACAAUGCAAGGUGGAGACACAGAGGAUGAUUUUGGGGCAACCCGGGCUCAAGCCAAUAAACGCAGAGCUUCUAGAGCCAAGGUUAAGGAGGACUCAGAGGACAGUGAAAUUGAUCUUGACGAUGAUGAUGACGACGACGACGACUUGGAAGAUGAUAGCAUGGACAUGUCUCCAAACAAGGCCAGCCGAAGGGUCAGGAAGCCUGAGCCGUUGGAGGAGAGUGACAAUGACUUCUGAGCGGACUUGCAGAAAGGAAGGAGUAAAGACAUUUCACGACAGAAAUCUUUAGGGAGGCUAACAAUAUUGACACACACACAUAAACACAAAUUACUUCAAUUACUUUAAAGUAAUACUCUAAGGUAAUGUACCUUUGUUCUCAAUGAAAACAGUACCAAAUCAUCAAAUUGUCAGCCAAAGCUAAGGGUAAUAAGUAGUUAAAAGCAUAGGCCUUGAAGUUCCAUGGUGCCAAAGAUUUUAAAGUGUCUGGCAAGGGCCACAGUUGAAACAAUCCUGUAGCAAAGAAGAGUUAAGACGGGGGAAAUACUGGUUGUUUCUUGAGAUAAACAGAGUUUCUAAAUUCUUUUAUAAUUCAGGAUAAAUUAACACUUUGGGUUCACUUCCCAGCUUAAAAUUAAUUCCCAAAUGUCCGUUAUUUUUGAUAGGAAAAAAAAGGAAGUUCUUUUCUUGCCAUGUUGGAAUCCCACCAAAGCAAACGUUUCCAUUUUUAGUUAACCUGAAUUGAUAAAGCAGGGCACAGUUAUUCUUAGACUUUUCACUUUGUAAUCUCUGGUUUAUCUUCUGCCCCAGAAGUGCAUCAGUUAACUGGCACUGAGGGAUGUUUCUCCUCUUGGUAACUAUAGAGAAACUCUAUGAGAGAUUGUAUUUGAUUUUAAACUCUAUAGUCAUCGCUCUCUACUGUAAAGACAUGGUUUAAUCUGCCUUCCUAAACUACUUUCCAUUUUAUUUAAAACAGAUGAAGAAAGUAUGCUCCCAAGGACCUCCAUCCCAUUUGGAUCCCAAAAUGCCACUUUUUAAAGGCCACGGGGGUCAAUUUUACUGUAUUUUCCCCCCAGGAUCUCUUUUUUUUAAAAUCAGAAGCUGACGUCCAAUUUCCUUCCAGAUUUUAAAAAGGCAUCUAAAACAGCUAAGGUAGGAGAAAUGUGGCAAAAUUGCCCUUUGUGGGCCCACAGAGACUGAGAUAACAUUCUAACUUUUAACAUUGUGUUAUUCAAAGUCCUGAAUAAACACUGUCUUAAUCACAAGCCUUAUACUCCAACCAAUACCUGCCUGCUUCCAUAUAUACAGGUAACUUCUCUUUCAGAUGAUAAACAGAAUUAUUCAAUCCUGUAAUACCAGCAAGAGUCAACCAUUGAGUUAGUUCUGUUCUGAAGAUUCCUCAGGCUGCCUGUAUUCUUUUCUUUGGGAUGCAAAGGGACCUUGACACUCUGAAUUUCUUUUUGACUGUUACAUUCCUGUGUUUGAUAAAUAAAUGCUUUUUCCAUCUUCA